AUGUCGGGAGUCACGCAUGUCACCGACCGGCUGGAAAAGCCCGAGUUGGACGAUCGCUCGUACAGGGUGAUCAAGCUGGCGAAUCAAUUGGAAGCUUUGCUGGUUCAUGAUAAGGAUACAGACAAGGCCAGUGCUUCGGCGAAUGUCAAUGUGGGAAAUUUCUCGGACGACGAUAGCAUGCCCGGCAUGGCGCAUGCCGUAGAGCACUUAUUGUUUAUGGGAACUGAAAAGUACCCUAUAGAGAAUGCCUACAAUCAGUACCUUGCCGCCCACUCGGGCUCUUCCAAUGCGUACACCGGAGCAAUAGAGACCAAUUAUUUUUUCGAAGUCGCCGCAACCGGAGAAAGCAAAGCAGACGCUGCCAACGAGGCGGAUGCAUCAAAUGGCACAGAAACUUCUCCAUUAUACGGUGCGCUGGACCGGUUCGCGCAGUUUUUCAUUGCGCCUUUAUUCCUAGAAUCGACGCUGGAUCGAGAGUUGAAGGCAGUCGAUUCGGAGAAUAAGAAGAACUUACAGAGUGAUGUGUGGAGAUUGAUGCAACUGAACAAGUCCCUUUCGAACCCCCAGCAUCCCUAUCACCAUUUUUCAACGGGCAAUCUGCAAACUCUGCGCGACGAUCCGCAGAAACGCGGUAUCGAAGUGCGUAGCAAGUUUAUUGAAUUCCACAAGCAACACUAUUCUGCCAAUCGCAUGAAGCUGGUCGUUUUGGGGCGCGAGUCACUCGACCAGCUUGAGAAUUGGGUCGUGGAGUUGUUUUCUGAGGUCCAGGAUAAGAAUCUGGCACAGAAUCGAUGGGAUCAUGUGCAGCCCUUUUCGGCUGAUCAGCUUUGCACCCAAGUCUUUGCGAAACCGGUUAUGGACUCGCGUUCGUUGGAUAUCUAUUUCCCCUUUUUGGAUGAAGAGGAUCUCUAUGAGACGCUUCCCAGUCGAUAUAUUAGCCAUUUGAUUGGCCAUGAGGGUCCUGGUAGUAUUCUGUCCUAUAUCAAGGCAAAAGGUUGGGCGAAUGGAUUGUCAGCGGGCGCCAUGCCGGUUUGCCCUGGUUCUGCAUUCUUCACCAUCUCUGUGCGUCUCACCGAAGAUGGUCUGACGCAUUACCGGGAGGUUGUCAAGACGAUUUUCCAGUACAUUGCUAUGAUCAAGGAGCAGGCGCCAGAACAGUGGAUCUUCGAUGAGAUGAAGAAUCUCGCCGAAGUCGACUUCCGGUUCAAGCAGAAAUCGCCUGCUUCUCGCUUCACUAGUCGAUUGAGCAGCGUAAUGCAGAAACCUUUGCCGCGGGAAUGGCUGCUAAGCGGCAACAGCUUGCUGAGGAAAUUCGAUGCUGGAUUGGUCACCAAAGCCCUCUCGUACCUGCGCAGUGACAAUUUUAGACUCAUGAUAGUCGCACAGAACUUCCCCGGCGACUGGGAUGCGAAAGAGAAGUGGUAUGGCACUGAAUACAAGGAGGAAAAGAUCCCGCAAGAUUUCCUCAAGGAAAUUGGGGAUGCGUUGGCAUCGUCGCCUUCUGAGAGGAUCCAAGACUUGCACAUGCCGCACAAGAACGAGUUCAUUCCUACUCGUCUGUCGGUUGAGAAGAAAGAGGUCUCGCAGCCAGCCAACACGCCCAAACUCAUUCGUCUGGAUGAUCACGUGCGCGUCUGGUAUAAGAAGGAUGAUAGGUUUUGGGUGCCCAAGGCUACGGUGCACAUUACUCUGAGGAACUCGCUAGUCUGGGCUACCCCGGCGAAUCAUGUCAAGGCGAAGCUCUAUUGCGAGCUGGUGCGGGAUGCUUUGGUUGAGUAUUCGUAUGACGCUGAACUGGCCGGGUUGGACUACAACCUAUCUGCUAGCAUUUUUGGAUUGGAUGUCUCGGUCGGGGGAUACAAUGAUAAAAUGUCGGUGCUCCUUGAGAAGGUUGUUACUACGAUGCGCGACCUCGUCGUUCUUCCCGAACGCUUCAAAAUCAUCAAGGAGCGCCUGACGAGGGCUUACCGGAAUGCGGAGUACCAGCAGCCGUACUACCAAGUUGGCGACAUGACCCGCUAUCUUACCGCUGAGAAAACCUGGAUCAACGAGCAGUAUGCCGCCGAGUUGGAGCAUAUCCAGGCUGACGACGUUGCAGCAUUCUUCCCGCAGCUUUUGCAGCAGAAUCACAUCGAGGUCCUCGCUCAUGGCAACUUGUACAAGGAGGAUGCUUUGAAGAUGACGGACAUUGUCGAGGAUAUUGUGCGUAGCCGUCCAUUGCCACAAUCCCAAUGGCAUGUGCGCAGGAAUAUCAUUUUCCCGCCGGGCAGCAAUUACGUAUAUGAGCGGCAGUUGAAGGACCCGCAGAACGUGAACAACUGUAUCGAAUACUAUCUUUUCGUGGGCAGGAUAACAGACGAUGUGCUGCGGGCCAAGCUUCUCUUGCUGGCGCAAAUGACCGAGGAGCCGGCCUUUGACCAGCUCCGAAGCAAAGAACAGCUUGGGUAUGUUGUCUGGAGCGGAGCACGCUAUUCUGCAACAACCAUUGGAUAUCGUGUCAUCAUUCAGAGCGAGCGCACCGCGCAGUACUUGGAAAGCCGCAUUGACUCAUUCUUGAGCCAGUUUGCUCAGACGCUGGAGGACAUGACGGAGGAGGAAUUCGAGAGUCACAAGCGUAGCAUUAUCAACAAGAGGCUCGAGAAGCUGAAGAACCUGGGAUCUGAGACUGCGCGCUUCUGGACGCAUAUUGGCUCGGAAUACUUUAACUUUUUGCAGCAUGAAAUCGAUGCUAGCACCGUCAGGACCCUGACCAAGUCAGACCUGAUUGCUUUCUACCGCCAAUACAUCGAUCCCGCAUCGGACACACGCGCUAAGAUCUCGAUCCAUCUGAACGCGCAAUCCGCUGACACGGAUGAUCUGCCCGUGGACACGUCCAAGACUGCCGAGGGAAUAGAAGCAUUGCACAUCCAGCAGACGAGCAGCAAGGACGAAGUUGAGGCCGUCAAGGCCGUCCAGAAACCCGUUUACAUUACCAAUGUGCCUCAGUUCAAGGCCCGGCUGCCUGUUAGUCCUGGACCGAGUCCGGUUAUGGAUCUCAGCGAGUUUGGGGAUUUUGAUUCGAAGCUGGAUAGGCUUAGUGGGGCAUGCAGCCUCGUCUUAUUGGACGGAGCUCUCAUCAACUUGAUCCUCACAAAGUCCCGCGGAGGUCAAGCAUUGCUCCUCCAGCAACUACGCACGAACAUUUCAGUCCUUCUGGAUUGUCCCACUUAUUGUCUGGAUAUUCGAAUAUACAUAGAAAACACAUUCUCGCUGCUGAAGGAACAUCCUUCCAUCAUGUCGACCGUCACGGCGACUGCCAUGCAGAGCUCGAAGCCCCCCAUCAUCCCCAAAUCCUUCGACGCCAAACAGCCACAAACAAUUCGUCUCUACCCUCUGUCCAACUACACAUUCGGCACAAAAGAGAACCAGCCAGAAGAAGACCCGUCGGUGCUUGCGCGUCUGAAGAGGCUCGAGGAGCAUUAUGAUCUACAUGGGAUGCGCCGGACGUGCGAGGGCGUGCUGGUUUGUCAUGAGCAUAACCAUCCGCAUGUUUUGAUGUUGCAGAUUGCGAAUGCGUUUUUUAAACUACCAGGCGACUACCUACACCACGACGACGACGAAAUAACCGGGUUCAAAACCCGUUUGAACGAGAGACUGGCGCCCGUGGGCUCGCAGUUCAGCGGCGAGGGCGUCAACGAAGACUGGGAAGUAGGCGAUACGCUGGCGCAAUGGUGGCGGCCUAAUUUCGAGACCUUCAUGUACCCGUUUCUACCGGGGCAUGUUACGCGUCCGAAGGAGUGUAAGAAGUUGUAUCUUAUCCAGCUUCCGAAGAAGAAAGUAUUGAGUGUGCCCAAAAAUAUGAAACUCCUCGCCGUCCCCCUGUUUGAGCUUUACGACAACACUGCGCGAUACGGUCCUCAAUUAUCGGCUAUUCCGCACUUGCUGUCACGGUACAAUUUCGAGUUUGUCGAUGAGAAUGACAAUGUUGUUGCUGUUACGCCGGGCACGCCGCAUUCGGGCAUGGACGAGUUCAAGACCAAGAUCCUUGCUGGCGGUGCGGAGGGCGAGGAUACGGGCAUGGAGGAUGUUCAGGGAGGAGGUGGAGGAGGAGCUGCUGGUGGUGAUGUGAAUCAGUCGGAGAUUAAGCAAGAUGAUGAGCAAAUCUCUGGUCGGGAGCUUGUUCAGUCUUUGGUCUGGGUGAUCCUCCUAGCAGGGCUGGCAUCGCGUGAUGUCUCGCAGCAUGUGCUGGAUGACUUGAAUCUCUUCGAACAAUACUCGGCUGCAGCGUACUGUGAUGCGAAUGAUAACGCUACAAAAGGCACUGAAAUCGCUUGUGUGGCUGGAAACUGCCCUCUCGUGCAGCAAGCGGACGCCACAUCUGUCUAUUCGUUCUCAGACACUGGCGUGGGCGAUGUAACGGGUCUCCUCGCCCUUGACCACACCAACAAGCUGAUCGUCCUAGCCUUCCGUGGCUCUCGAAGCAUUCAAAAUUGGAUCACUAACCUUGACUUCAAGUUUACGAAUGCAUCUUCGCUCUGCGAUAAUUGCGAAGUCCACGAUGGAUUCCUAGACUCCUGGCAAUCGGUCUCGGACACGCUUACCUCCAAACUGUCGGCUACCGUCUCUGGCAAUCCUGGAUACAAGAUUGUCUUUACCGGACAUAGCCUGGGGGCGGCUUUGGCUACCGUCGCGGCGGUACAGUUGCGAAAUGCUGGAAACAACAUAGACCUGUACACCUAUGGAAGCCCUCGCGUGGGCAACCUCGACUUUGCGACUUUCCUCACCUCACAGCCAAACGGCGUCAACUACCGAGUCACGCACACCGAUGACCCUGUUCCCAAGCUGCCGCUUCGCAGUAUGGGGUUCAGCCAUCCAAGCCCGGAGUAUUGGAUCACAGCCGGUACGGAUGAGGCGGUGACGGCGAGCGCGAUUACUGUAGUCGCAGGGAUUGACUCCAAGGGGGGCAACGACGGGACGGACGCAGGGCUGGACGUCGAUGCUCAUCUCUGGUAUUUCAACAAGAUCUCUUCGUCAACAACCAACCCCCUUUUGAAACGAGAAAUCCUGGUCCUGGUCCUGGUCCUGAUCAUCCAUGAUCCACAUGGAAACAAGUAUUCCGAGCUCCGUUUUGGUCUUCGUGCAGUCGCGGCGGGCCUAGACGGGACGCGCCCUCCUUGCCGCAUGGCUCUUCGCUCCGUCGUCUCAGUCGCUGUGAAGCCUCCAUCGCGCCGCCUGCGGACGGCCGUGCUUGCGCUCUUGCUGCUGCUCACCUUCUACUGGGUUGCGACAACAACUGCCCUGCCAUCGGCGCGCCCCAGAACGCGGAAGGGGGCCAUCCAUAGCGAUGCCCGGUCGCCGCAGUUGGAGGCUGUCUUGCAGGCCCCCGUGCCUGCACCUACCAACAUGAGGUCGCAUAUCGAGAAAGACCUGGUGGUGGCAAGUAUGGUCGGCGAUAAUACCUCCUGGCUGACCGACUCCCUUCCCGACUGGCACAAGAGCAUAUACGUCGUGGACGAUGACACGGCCGAGCUGACUGUGGCAAAUAACAAGGGACGGGAAUCCAUGGUCUAUCUUACAUAUAUCAUUGACAACUACGACCGCUUACCCGACUAUAUGCUCUUCAUACAUUCUCAGCGAUAUCAAUGGCACAACGACGAUCCCUAUUACGACGGGGUUCCGAUGAUCAGACGAUUCCAGCUGCCUUAUCUGGAGAAGAUUGGUUAUGUUAAUCUGCGUUGUGCCUGGGUGCUGGGGUGUCCCGAUGAAAUUCACCCCAUGACAGAUAACGAUCACGAUGCGGUUCAUGCAGGUCCAUACUACAUGAAUGGGUUCAAGGAGCUGUUCCCCGGCGUCAAAGUUCCAGAUACGGUAGGAGUGUCUUGCUGUGCGCAGUUUGGAGUAGCGCGGUGGAAGAUUCGCGAACGGCCAAAGAGUGAUUAUGAGCGAUACAAGCGGUGGCUCCUGGGAACUGAUCUGGACGACGCCAUGAGUGGCCGGAUCAUGGAGUAUUCCUGGCAUACCACCGGUAAAUCCACCGUCUCUGCCCUCCUCGCCUCGCCUCCGCACAACCUCCCCAUCAUCGACGCGGACAUUCUCGCCCGCAAAGUCGUCGAGCCUGGCACCGCAGGCUACAAAGCUAUAGUCAAUUACUUUGGACCGAGCACACCGGAGCUCCUCUUACCGGCAGAUGCCGAGGGUAAGCGCGCGCUGAACCGGCCAGCGCUGGGGAGGCGCGUAUUCGGCGAUAGCGAGGAGCGCAAGCGCGAUAGGACGAUAUUGAAUCGCAUUGUGCAUCCGGCGGUGCGCUGGGAAGUCUAUAAAUCUUUACUGUAUUACUACCUUCGGGGCUAUUGGGCUGUGGUGCUGGAUGUGCCGCUGUUGUUUGAGUCCGGCAUGGAUGUUAUAUGCGGCACGGUGGUGGUGGUUGCGGUGCAGGAUCCGACGGUGCAGAUGGCGCGAUUACGCCAGAGAGAUCCGCAUUUGAGUGCGGAGGAUGCGGAGAAUCGUGUCAAGAGUCAGGGUGAUGUGCAGGGGAAAGUGAAGAAGGCACUUUAUAGGAAUAAGAAGGCGUCGGAGCAGGAUACGGACAAGGGCUCGAGAGGCGUUAUUGUGUGGAACGAUGGCGAUAAAGAUGCCCUGGCAAAGGAAGUUGACCGGGCUGUUCUUACGAUUCAGGAUAAUAGUCCUCGGUGGUGGUCCUGGAUACUCUUGAUUGCGCCGCCGGUGGGCGUGGCUGCUGCUGUGUGGAAUAUGGCUGCGAAUUUUAGUUCGCAGAGGAGUUGGGACCAGAAGGUCAAGAGAGAGAAGGCUAGCCAUGAUGAACAAACCGCCUAUCUGCCAUCCUCACAUGCCUGUCUCCAGGCUUAUGCUGCUAGAUUGGACUCGACAACUCCGACGACCGCACAUAGAUUAGACGCCUGGUGGCUGGAAGAAAGCAGUCAUUCCAAUGAUACACCUGGUCAAAUACUUGCCAAUUGCGCUGUCUAUCCUGUGUCAAAGCUGAAAAAGGCCCCCGCCAUGCAUCCAUAUACUCCAUAUAAUUCUGCGGGCAUGAGCCCGGCUCCGAUAUUCUCGACGUCCUCGUCCACCCAAGCAGGUAACAAGAGCUCCAGAAUGAAUACAGGCGCAGCAAAGUCUCUCACGUUCAAGCAUUAUACAUUCACCCCUGCUUCUCAGCAACACCAGAUGCCUCCGUCCAAACGUCGACGUGUUAUUGAGCCAUCAGAUGUAUCAACAGCAAGUUUCCCGCCAACCGGCAGCCAUUUAGACACCGCGCAAGACGGGGUGAAUAGUUUCUAUCAUCUAGAUUUUGCAAAACCGCUGCAUCAGAAUGUCGUAUCACAGAAUGCUGCUUUAGAUACCGCGGGCUCGUUCUCCACACAAAGUACCUCGGAAAGAUCAUCUCGGGGAGAUUUGGAUUCCGAUUUUACCAGCCGCAAUACGCCUAACACCUCAGUGUCAAAUACGUCGCCAUGGCCUCAGAUAAAGGCAGAUUCUCCGGCUGCAAUGUCAACGGCACCGGCACCAACGACGGCGAGUGAUUCUCAAGUAGCCCACCCCCCGAAGCAGCUCAACGAGACGGAAGUCGAUGCGCCCAACUAUGAAGAAUUCAAGCCACGUUCUUCCAUACCUAGUGGGAUCCCCGGUCCAGUAUAUGCUCAGCAGUGUAUAACGGCUGCAUAUGCAUCCCGACUCAACCCGUUUGCAUUGCAUAAGCGUGAACAAAAGGCACUACAGCAUCAUCUAUGCCAUCUGCAUGUCACGACGUACCUCAAUAUCCGCAACGGAAUCUUACGGCUAUGGACUCGCAACCCGAUGAUAAGCGUGACCCGUGAGGAAGCGCUUGGCUGUGCUAGGGACUUCAGAUGGAUGGGCCUUGCAGAUUUUGCCUAUGAGUGGCUAGUGAGAAACGGCUACGUCAACUUCGGCUGCGUCGAGGUUCCGCAAGCUCCUAUUUCUCCCAAAAAGGGUAGGCGAAAGGAUGAUGGGCCUGUCAUUGUUAUCGUCGGAGCGGGUGUAGCUGGCCUGGCCUGCGCCAGACAACUGGAAGGCUUGUAUCAGCAGUACCGCGACAAGGUCACAUCAUUCAAAGUGAUAGUUCUCGAGGGUAGGCGGCGCAUUGGUGGGCGGAUCUACUCGCAUCCUCUAAAAAGCCAUAAGAAUGCCUCAUUACCAAAAGGUCUCCGGCCGACCGCUGAGAUGGGUGCUCAGAUUAUUGUAGGAUUUGAUCGAGGGAAUCCAUUAGACCCGAUCAUUCGUUCACAGCUGGCAUUGCGUUAUCAUCUGCUCCGAGACAUAUCUACGAUUUAUGAUAUUGACGGCUCAGCUGUUGAUGAAAUGCAAGACGCAAUGGAUGAACGCCUCUAUAAUGACGUUCUCGACCGUUCUGGGAACUAUCGGCAUAAGACAGUUAUUCAACAUACCGCAGAAGGCGAUCGUGAGAUGAUGAAUCAUGGCCGUGACAUUCCGAUUGACGACGGGGUCACAAUUCAUCAGUACGAGGAAGCGCGCGCUGCAGGAACCCAUCACCUACUGCUUCCUGCUGCACGAUUUCGUCGCGGCAUUGGGCACCAUGCAUCCCGGAUUCUGCCGCCUUCUGAUCUAGACCCAGACGAAGAGCUGCCAGCGGCUAUGGAAUGUCAAAGCAUGGGGUGGAAACUACGAAAUGGCGUUUCUCCGCAGGCCGACCUGCAACUCGAUCAAGUUGCCAAAGCGUCCCCCCGUCAAACGCUAGGAGCCGUGAUGGACGAAGGCGUCAGACAAUACCAGGCUAUGCUUCCUCUGACGCCGAAGGAUAUGCGGCUUUUGAAUUGGCACUAUGCAAAUCUGGAAUACGCGAACGCCACCAAUUUAGGCAAGCUGAGUUUGUCAGGAUGGGACCAGGACAUGGGCAAUGAGUUUGAGGGCGAACAUAGCCAGGUUAUCGGGGGGUAUCAACAACUGCCACGAGGACUGUGGGCAUAUCCUACCAAACUAGAUGUCCGGACCAACGAGACGGUGGUAAACAUUACUUACGAUGCCACUGGCGAAGCCAAGAAUCGCAAGACAAUCGUCCACACCAAAAACGGUCCUAUUUCAGCCGACCAUGUUGUUUAUACGGGCUCCUUAGGUACUCUUAAACAUCGCACAGUUGGGUUUACUCCCUCACUACCAGAAUGGAAAAUGAAUGCAAUCGAUCGUCUCGGAUUUGGGGUGUUGAAUAAAGUCGUGCUAGUGUUUGAUCAUCCUUUCUGGGAUACCGGUCGGGACAUGUUUGGUCUUCUUCGCGAAGCAGAAGUUCCAGGCAGUAUGACUCAAGCAGAUUACGCCAAAAACCGGGGCAGAUUCUAUUUGUUCUGGAACUGUGUCAAGACAUCAGGUGUACCGAUGCUGAUUGCGUUGAUGGCUGGAGACGCAGCACAUCAAGCGGAAGAGAUGGCAGACAAGGACAUUGUCACAGAGGUCAUCUCGGAACUGCGCAAUGUCUUCAAAUCCGAAACUGUCCCAGAUCCACUGGAAACGAUCAUCACGCGCUGGAAAGCAGACAAAUUCACCCGCGGCACAUACUCCUACGUAGCAGCUGAUGCCUUGCCGGGGGACUACGAUCUGGUUGCGCAGGCCGUUGGAAACCUCCAUUUUGCCGGUGAAGCUACGUGUGGCACGCACCCUGCGACUGUGCAUGGGGCGUAUUUGUCGGGGCUGCGGGCUGCAGGGGAGAUUAUGGAGAAGAUAUUGGGACCGAUCGCGGUGCCUUCACCGUUGGUUCCGCCUUCAUCCAAGGGUAAUAACGGUUUUGCCAGUAAUCCUCUGCGGUAUUGGAACAGCAGCACCACUCCGACAAAGCAAAAUUCUACGCCAAAAGCGAAAACAAGCAACAAAAAGAAAGCCCCAGGAGUGACAGCUCAUACUACUACUACCACCACCAAAGCAGAACAAGAACAAGAACAAGAACCACAACACCCGCAACUCCAUCUCUACAACCAAGCACUAGAAACCCACCUCCACGCAACCAUCGGACCAGCACCGCCAGCCAAACCCGCCAAAAUCGCACUCAAUCCGUUCCUCACAUUCCAAAAGGACUACUGGAUUCGCGCAAAACAGCAAUGCGAGGCGAAUAAAAGACAGGCAACGAACAACCCAGAAGCGAAAGCUGCGCGCGACGAAGUCAGGGCGGUCCUGGGACAAAUGUGGCGAGAGGCGGAGGAGGAAGUUAAACGGCCGUAUCAUGAACAGAUGGCUGUCAACAGGCAGACGAAUGAUAAUAUGGCCAAGGCGUGGGCGGAGGCAGUGAGGGAGUAUGAGCGGAAGAGGGAGGAGGCUGUACGGGGAUUUCCUGCGUUUGAGGCAUGGCUAUCGUCUAUGGACAGGUCUGUAUAA